UUUUGUUUUUUUUUAUUUUGUUACAUAAUAAUGACUUCUCAAUUCUUUUGGAGAGCAGGCAGUCUUCUUGGUGCCACUGGUUUAGGUUUGGGUGCUUAUGGUGCACACGGACUUGCCAAAGUAGUAGGUGAUAAUCCUACUAAAAUCAAGAAUUGGACCAUGGCCGCUGAAUUCCAAAUUGUUCAUGGUGUUGCACUCUUGGCCUUGUCUUCUAUUCCUCCUAGUGUUCGCCGUAUUCAUCCUGCUGCUCAACCAUUGAUUUUGAGUGGCACCAUCAUGUUUAGUGGCACAAUUUAUUUGCUUACGCUUCAACGUGAUAAGUUCCGUGCUCUUGGUCCAGUCACUCCUUUGGGAGGUCUUGCUAUGAUGGCUGGCUGGGCUGCUCUUUUGUUGUAAUUUUUAUCAGUCUUGAUUGUAAAAUAAACUUGUGUCAUUCCAUACUAUAUUAAAAAUUGAUGGUAGGCAUAUUGACAAGGGUAUGCA